UCAAUCAAAAUUAAUUGACGGUGAGUCACUUUUCAGUUAAUGGUACACGUAUGUUAUAUUUCGCUACAUCUGGGGGAAGGAGAAAUGACAAUUUAUAAGAGAUCCUGGCAAGCUGUCCCAUUCCUCUGUCCCUCUUGCUCGCAUGUUCCCUUGCGGCUCACUUUACUAGGUCAUUAUUGGAGAAAUUUCUCACAGGCUACUGGGGUUUUAAAGGACCUUUGCUGGCAAAGAAAACACUCCCCACAAAGACACAUCAAAAUACCUCAUGCAUGUUGUACAUGCCUCUGCUUAAUAUUAAAGAUGUUAGUUACUGCUGGAGUAAGUGAGAAAGAUGUCAGAAUAAUAACAUUUUAAGUAUG